GGAGGGAUGUGUAAUUCUCUCCUCAACCACAGGGGGCGGACUUCCCUGUUUGAUAAUCCCGGAAGUUUGAUUUUUUUGCAUCCGACGUGUCAAACUGUCGCCAUUUUCCUGUCAAGAAAGGAAACGCCUUAGAGGAAACAUUGAAGCCGCGGCUCUUGUUUCCUUUUUUCCCCUCCUUUUUAUUUAAUACAUUUUUUCAAGCAGAAGUAAGUGCCCGUCAACCGCCACCAUGGGGAACGUGUUUGCAGGACUCUUUAAAAUGUUUGGGAAGAAAGAGAUGAGAAUACUCAUGGUGGGUCUAGAUGCUGCAGGAAAGACGACUAUUUUGUACAAACUUAAACUUGGAGAGAUUGUGACCACCAUCCCUACCAUAGGCUUUAAUGUUGAGACUGUAGAGUAUAAAAACAUCAGCUUCACUGUGUGGGAUGUUGGCGGCCAGGACAAAAUCCGACCAUUGUGGCGUCAUUACUUCCAGAACACUCAAGGCCUCAUCUUCGUCGUGGACAGCAAUGACAGAGAGCGAUGCGGCGAGGCCCGGGAGGAGCUCCUGAGGAUGUUGGCGGAGGAUGAGCUGCGGGAUGCUGUCCUGUUGGUUUUUGCCAACAAACAAGACCUCCCAAACGCAAUGAACGCUGCAGAACUAACGGACAAGUUGAACCUUCACUCCCUGCGUAACAGAAACUGGUACAUCCAGGCGACCUGCGCCACCACCGGAGACGGUCUCUACGAAGGACUUGAUUGGCUGUCCAAUCAGCUCAAGAGCCAUUAAUGAUCAGAGCCUUUGAAAAACCCUAAUCUACUGCACGCAGUCUUUGACUUUACUUACAGUUAAGGUGUCGCGAGACUGUUCCGUCAUUGUCAAAGCUGCCCUCACCUGUGCCAGCGAUGAGGUGAGGUGGGUCUAUUUUUGUAAAGCCUUUGUUUUUGCUUCUCUGUUUUGUGUGCACGUUGAUUGGAUAAUGGGACGGACGAUUGCACUGUUGUUGAUUCCAGUGUCUCCGGCAGUCAGGCAGCCUUUUUCAAUAGAUGAUAAAUGGGAGAAACGGACUUUCCGAGCACAUUUUGACCUCAAUGCAACCAGAUGACUUUGACGGUCAUGAACUGUAGCAAGAGAUCACUGAGCUUUUUUAUAAACAAUAAGCAGAAUAAUACACUGAUUUAGCUUUUGCUGCUACUGUAGUAACUUACCAUUGACUGUCUAACAACCUGUAAGUUACCGUGUAGUUCAAAGGUAGAAAGUUUAAACUGACCUCACUUUUCUAUGAGCACUUAUUGCUUUUUUUAAAUAAAGUUUUCAAACGCUGCACUGAACAGACUCCUAUGUAGCUGCGAGGGCGAAAACACUGGUUUUGUACUAAAAUCUGCUCUUGACAUGACUAAAUUCCCUUUAUUUUGCUUUACAAUUCAACUUUAAUAUCCCUGUUUUAGAAUCAUAAGCAUUCAGUUUAAUUUAUUCACAUCUGUGUAUUUGUUUUGACAGCAAUACCAAAGCUAUCUGCAUGCUUUAACGGAUCUUUGGUGUAAAUAUGCAGAUUUAUUCAGUUGUUGUAAACACUUCCUAAUUUUUUUCAAACUUUGUUCCUAAAAAAUCUGAGUGUGGCUACAUGUUUUUUUUUCAUAAUACAUGUUUUGAUUUGUAAUGAAUAUUUCAAGGUUAUGUUUGUUGUAAAAGCUUCUGUUUGCCUUUUUUGGGAGGGGGGGGACUCCUGAAAAUAAAAUGAUUUGAAGCGA